CGCCCCAUGGCCCAGGCGUCUCGCUCCGGUGGCCUUCUGCCUCCGCUCGCUACGGUGCCGCCGUUGAGGGCGCAACCCGGAGGCGCUGUGGAGGAGCGGGGGCAGAGAAGGCAGGCGGGGCCUCUUCGCGGGGACUCUCGUGGCUGGCAGGGGCUGCCGGUUGCCGGGAGCAUUCCCGGCCAGGACCCGCGGCCCGGCGGAGCUCCAGGAGGGCAGCCGUGGUGGGCGGCGCCGGCGGACGCGGGAGAGCACCACGAGGCGGGCGCCGCGGGCUGGUGGCGGGAGGCUGCAGACGGCCGCCCAAGCCCUCCCGCGCUGCAGCGUCUCCGGGCCGUGUUGCUGCGGCUGCUUCGCGAGCGGGAGCAGCUCCUCCAAGCCCGCGACUGCGCCCGCCACCUACAGGCGGCUGUGCGCCUCCUGAGGAUCCUGAGCCCCAGCGCGCCGGCCCCCGGGCCCUUGCCUCAGCUGUGCCGCGACCUGCUCCUGCACCCUUCCCGAGGGGCCGUCCUGCGAAUCGGCCCGCUGGAGACUCGCCUGCCGCUACUCCUGGCGCGGCCCGCCGGACUGGCCGCCCAGUGCCUGGAUGCUGCCAUCCAGAUGCAGCUUCGGGCUCUGGGUCGGGAGCCAGCCAGCCCCGGCUGGUCGUCCCAACUUGCCGACGUGCUGCUGGCGCUUCCCGCCUACCACCAGCUGCAGGGAAAAGCCUUGAGCCCCGUCCCAGGGGCUGCGCGCCCUUUCCCGCCUUCCCGUGUGCUCCGCCUCCUGACGGGGGAGCGGGGUUGCCAGGUGGCAGGGCAGCUAGAUGAGGCGCUCAAGGGAUCAGGCUUGCGGGAUCAGCUCCGCAGUCGGUGCCAAGAGGAGCGGGAGCUGCUGCCCGGGCUGCUGAGGCUGCUGGGGGGCGUGACGGAUCCAGACAACAGCAGACUGGGGCUUGGAGGGGCUGGAGCCCUGUGGAGCCAGUACUGGACCCUGCUGUGGGCAGCUUGUGCUCAGAGUCUGGACCUAAGUCUAGGACCCUGGAGGGACCGCAGGACAGUGGUACAACAGCUGAGUCAGGCACUGGGUCAGGCAUCCCUGCCUCAGGAGUGUGAGAAGGAGUUGGCUUCUUUGUGUCGCAGCCUAUUUCAUCAGUCUCUUAUCUGGAGCUGGGACCAAGGCUUCUGCCAGGCCUUGGGAUCUGCUAGUGAAGAUCAGAGCAGCCCUACCUCAUCCUCUCAUACCGCUGAACUUUUGCAACAGCUCUUUCCUCCUCUCUUGGAUGCCCUUCGAGAACCCAGGUCAGGGCUGCUCUUCUGUCAGCCUCCAGGUCCUGCACUGUUUGCUCUGGGGCUCUGUACCCUGCAGACCACCUUGGUCUGGUUUUUGGGCAGAACUCAGCAGCAUCUGGCAGCAUGGGCCCCAGGUUCCUUCCUGCUUCUGAUCCAGAAGAACUUACCUCCUCUAUUGCAGGAGGCAGCAGCUCUGUCUAGACUGGCCUCAGAGGAAAGUUUGGCCCUUGAACUGGAGCAGCAGCUGGCCCUAGAGAUCCAGAAGCUAACUGCACAGAUCCAGCUCCUGCCUGAAGAAUCACUAAGUCUCUUUUUUCAAACAUGUCAUAAACAAGCCACACAGGGCUUUGAACUCUACAUGCCACGGGGUCGGUACUGGCGGCAUCGGCUCUCUCCUGAACUGCCCAGCAUUCCUAGUGAGUAUGCUGGGUUGGUGGUUCGUACUGUACUGGAGCCUGUGUUGCAAGGAUUGCAGGGAUUGCCACCCCAAGCCCAGGCCCCUGCCCUUGGCCAGGCACUGACAGCCAUCCUGGGUGCCUGGCUUGACCACAUCCUCACACAUGGGAUCCGGUUCAGCCUGCAGGGGGCGCUGCAGCUCAGACAAGACUUCGGAGUGGUCCGGGAGUUGCUGGAGGAGGAGCAGUGGGGCCUGUCCCCUGAACUUCGCCAGACUCUGCUCAUGCUCAACAUCUUCCAGAGGGUGGAUGGGGCCCUGCUGUGUCUAUUCCAGCAGCCCUUGCCCAAGCCUGAAGCCCAAAGGAGGCCUCCCUGUUGCUGUACAUGCAGUGAGAUCCAGACCAUGGAAUUGCCCAGCAGCAGCCUCAACAGCCUGGAAAGUUUGGAGCCCCCUCUUCGGCUUGGAGCACCCUCAGCCCAGACAGCUCAGCUACUAAGCACACUAUGGGGUGGGGGACCUAGCCCAGAGGCUUACCUGGUGGGAAAUCAGCAGGCCUGGCUUGCCCUGAGGCAGCACCAGCGCCGCCGUUGGCACUUGCCUUUUCCUUCCUGCCUGGGGACCAGUCCUGAAUCCUAAGGAUCCUGGGACCAGGAGCCAGAAAGAGCUAUCCAGAAGCCCAGACAUUUAGAACUGCCUAUUAAGCCUACAAUUGGGAGCUUGGAGGAAAGGAUACCUGAGAAACCACAAGCUACAUAGAGCCUGGACCUAGAAGUGAAGAAUCCGAGAUCCCUCCAGUGCCUGCAAUCCAGAGUAAAGGGCCAUACCUAGAGGUCAGCAUCCAUGGGAGGCUCAGGUCUAGUUCUCUGACAGUGAACACCUCUCAGGGCUAGGCCCUGGGAGAAGAACCAUCAGAUUGGAGCCCAGGGGGAAGGGAGAGAAAAAAAGCAAUACAAAACAGUGAGCCUGGGAUACCACUUCCUUUUAAGUCCCAGGAACCAGGUUGACCAUAAAGUUCUUCAGGAACCAGAGGUGGAACAGGCAUUUCUGCACUUGGAUCAGUCCGGAGAGAUGUAUUACCCUGUACUCCCCGACUCGUAACUCAGUCACUUAAAGAUGCUGGGCUAAAGGGACCUUAACGUUUAAACUUUGGUUACUCAGAGUUCAACGUGUCUAAUCUUCAGUUACCUGAGCA